AUGUCUCGCUACGCCCAAGCUCAUAUAAACCCCCAAGGUCCCGGUGACGCCAGACCUACAGCACUCCAGAUCGUCGAAGAUGAAGGCCUUCUCAACAAACUCACUGAUAAGUUAGUGCUCAUUACAGGCGGUAAUCAAGGCGUUGGCCUCGAAACCGCCCGAGCCCUCCACGCAGCCGGAGCAACGGUUUACAUCACCGCAAGAUCUCCAGAGAAGAUCGAGCAGGGCAUUAACGACAUCAUUUCAUGGCCGGAGGCAAAGUCAGAGGCACCUGUAUACGGAAUCGAACUGAAGCUUGAUUCGUUCAAGUCCGUUCGAGCCGCUGCUCAAAACUUCCUUGCCAAAGUUGACAAGCUGAACGUUCUCAUCCUCAACGCAGGAGUCAUGGCUACUCCUGAGGGCAGAACUGAAGAUGGUUUCGAGACCCAAUUUGGAACAAACCAUCUUGGGCACUUCCUUCUGUUCCAACUUCUCAAGCCAGCUCUUCUAGCCGCUACUUCCCCUACUUUCCAAUCUCGUGUCAUCUCACUUGCGUCAAAGGGUCAUCGCUUUGGUGGUAUACGCUGGGAUGACUAUAACUUCGAGAAAGAGGCUUACAACCCCUGGCUCGCGUAUGCUCAGUCCAAAACAGCGAAUAUUUACUUCGCAACUGAGCUUGAUAGGCGAUACGCAGAUCAAGGCAUUCACGGCUUGUCAGUGCAUCCUGGGUAUAUACUUACCAACUUGGGUAAGCAUGUUGACCUGAACACGCUUGACCUAGAUGGACCUAUCAAGAAUUUCAUGAGGAACAAAGCUCAAGGUGCUGCUACGACUGUGUAUGCUGCAGUUAGUAAGGACUGGGAGGGCCGUGGAGGGAAGUAUCUGGCUGAUUUUGUGGAGGAGAGACUGGCGAGGCCGGGGUCAGAGCCGACGUCGCCUGAACUAGGAUAUGCUACGUGGAUUUAUGAUGAGGAAGCUGAAAGAAAGCUCUGGGAGCUGUCGGAGAGGCUUGUUGAAUUGCAUAAUUCCUUGGAGUAA